AUGUUGUUGGGUUUAGAGGAUCCACCGGCGGUGUACGUGCCUUCGAGAACCGGCAAAGCCUUACUUCUUCAUGAAGGGUACACCUUCUACUUGAAGAACCUGCAGUCUUUUGGUCGCAAGCAGUGGUAUUGCUCGUCGAGGGACAUGGCUGGUUGCCGCGCUGAUGUCAUCACAGCUCCCUCGAAGACAGGAGAUGGUGAUAUACUGUUUCUGGUCCGUGGGAGACAUAUUCAUAGGCCGCCAAAUUACUAUUUUACACCCGAUGGCAAGUAUGUUAGGCGCAAGGACAUUUAUCACAGGUAUAGGUAG